CAUCAUGCAAAAGUCCUGUAGUGAAAAAGAAGGAAAGCCCAAGUACAGUGAGCCAAAGAUGGAGGACGAACAUCCCUAUGGAGCAUUUGAAGGCCAGCGAGUGGAAGGGAAUUUCAGACAGCGGCUGCUUCAGUCUCUUGAAGAAUUUAAAGAAGAUAUAGACUAUAGGCAUUUUAAAGGCGAAGAAAUGACAGGAGAGGAAGACGAGAUGGAAAGAUGUUUGGAAGAAAUAAGAAGUCUGAGAAAAAAAUUUAGGGCUCUGCAUUCUAACCAUACCCAUUCUCGGGAACGCCCCUUUUAAUCAGUAGCCUCAGGAAUUAUGUUCUGUUAUUAAUACUUCCACUGCUUUCUGUUUCCAUUUUUUCUCAUAAGUAUUUUACUUCAAUCAUUCACUAUUGGUUACAGUCAUACAUAAAAUUCAACUGUACAUAUCUCAUCUUUCAAUUCUACCCCACUGAUUUAAUAAGAAGUUUUGUUUAUUUGCAUUAUUAUGGCCAGUCAUCUGGUAGUUCAUUAUAAACCAAAUAUUGCAAGCUACAAAGCAACAUGUAUGUGACCAUUUAUAUGAUAUCACAUAAAGUCUUAUUCUGGGUCAAAGAGGUCAAUCUGUAUUCUCUUUCUUAUUUUCCACAAAAUGAAUAUAUAUGCAUCUAUAUUUGUAUUAUUAAUUUUGUAUCACAAAAUGAAAAACAGACAUAAAUGAAAGAGGUUUAUCAAUCACUUUUGA